GUUAACAUCAUCAUCAUCAUCAUCAUCAUCGUUAUUAUAAUGGCGUCGGGAACGCUGAGUCCGUUCGUCUACUGGGCGCAAAAUGAUAGCAAAAUUUUCCUCAGGGUGGACCUCAGAAACGUCAAGGUGCCGAGCAUUGAGGCAACGACCCACAACCUGUCCUUCUGCGCGUAUGGAGUCGGUGCCAGAGGGGAAGAGAAGUACAGCUUCACGCUAGACUUCUACGCCCCGGUGGAGCCAGAUGACUGUGAGUACCGAGUGAGCGAUCGCCAGGUGGACGUGCACGUGCGCAAGGCCACGGCAGACUACUGGCCCCGCGUGCUGGCCGAGGCCGCUCGCAAACCCGCCUGGCUCAAGAUCGACUUCGACAAGCUGCAGACGGAAGACGACGACGACGACUCGGAAGAGGACAACAGUCUCCGCAACUUCUACGAGGAGAAGCUGGGCGCAGUGGACAGGCCGCCGUCGUCGUGGCGGGCGAGGCGGCGUUUGCAGCGGAGGACGGAGGAGUUCCGCAGGGUCUACCUCUUCCUCUACAACUUGUUCCAGUUCGUCGGCUUUCUCUACAUCUUCCUCGUCAUGCUCAUCCGCUACAGCCGCGACGGAGACCGCUCCAUGGAGGGCACCUGGGAGGCUGUGGGCAAGGCCAUGCGCCUGGUGAUCCUCCUGCAAGGCCUGGAGAUACUGCACCCCCUGCUGGGAUACACUGGGGGCAGCGCACUGCACCCUUUCGUGCUGGUGGGUGGUCGCAUGCUCAUGGUGUUCGUCAUGAUUGACGCGGAGCCGCGCAUGCACACCAAGCCUGCGGUGUUCGCCCUGUUCGGCACCUAUGCCCUGGUGGAGCUCUUCAGGUACCCCUACUACAUGCUGCGGACGUACAACAAGAGCAUCGGCUUCAUCACCUGGCUACGCUACACCGUCUGGAUUCCCCUGCUCCCCCUAGGAUUUCUCUGCGAGGGCACCAUCAUCCUGCGCAACAUCCCGUACUUUGAAGAGACCGGGAGGUUCAGCGUGGCCCUGCCAAACGCCUUCAACUUCUCCUUCCACCUGCCAUCCUUCCUGCGCCUCUACCUGCUCAUAGGAAUCUUCCCAACCCUUGCCUUCAUGAUGUCGCACAUGUACCGCCAACGCAAGAAGAUGCUGGGGCCCAAGGACAAGGAGGACUAAAAGCCAGUCAAGCAGCAACCUCAGGGACAAGAAAAGCCAUUCAUCCAAGCGGCAGCUAGUCUUCUUAACCACAUUCCGCGUGUUUUGUUUCGUUCGGUUUCAUGUUCACCAUUAAAGCCAAAGAAAACGCAA